AUUUAUUCAACAUGAAGCUUGAAGGAUUAUAUAUAGUAUGCUUAUUGCUUGCAAUCGCCAGUGGAAGGGUUUUGGAAAAAAAACCCUCGAAACUGAACAGCAAAUCUCCUAUUAUACUUAGACAAGAUGUAGAAGAAUACAGCGAUAGUGAAAAUGCUGUAGAUGCAAAUAUAUCAGAAUCAAACGCCGUUGAUGAUUCAGAUACCAGUGAAAUAGUGAACUGCUAUGAAGUCAAUUGCAAUGAAGCCAGUAACGCAAAUGCCGACGAAGAAACUAAUUCUGAAAACAAUGAGGUAUUACAAGAAAUCAACCAAGUUCCACAAGAAGUCAUAAGUGAAGCGCCUGUCGUGAACGUCGAUGAUGCAAACCCAAUAAAUCGAUACUGUAAAUGUACAACUUAUGAAUGCAACUGCUGUCGGGAUUUUCUUCUUCCGCUUGUUCCGGUCAAAGGACCCGGAUGUGCAACAAUUCAAUACUUGGAUGGUAAUCGCAUGUCCAUUGGUGUUAAAUUUGGGGACAGAGUGCUAGCAAACCGUGUAAUAUCGGGUCGUAAAGCAACUCCAGUGUGUAUGCCAUUACCAGGAGGAUUUAAUCGAUUCUGUGGACGAAUAUAUGGUAUUAGUCGACGCGCUGAUGAUCAUUUUAAGGCAUGUCUGGGGUUAGAAUUACGUGCUGAUAAUGAAAUUGAAGCCGUGCUGCGGGUGUCAUGUUUCAAAUUUGGACCACGUGGCCUUUCUGUAACUGAGCCCGAGCCACUUCCACCGGUUGAGGAUAUUGACGCUGAUGACGAGGAGGAUGAAGAUGACGAUGAUGAUGAAGCUGAUGAUUUAUUAAGCUCUUUUGAUUUGGGAGAUGAUGACGAAGAUGAGGAUGACGAAGAUGAAGAUGAAGAGAUUGUCGAACAAGAUGAACCUGAAGUGCAAUCAUCAGAGCCCGGAUACACCGGCUUUAGUUUACUUGAAGGCGAUUUCUUGGGGGAUUUGCUAGGAACCAGUUAUCAGAAAAAAAAGAAGAAUAGUUCUACGAAAAGUGAUCUGAAUCAACUGAAUAGUAAAAAUAAUAAUAAAAAGUCCCCUCUUAAGCAAUCUCCGAUGACAAUAUCGAAAGUUAACAGCAGAAAUGUUACAAUUUCAAAAACUAAACACAAAGAUGAUGCUUCUGAUGAAAUUGCUGAUAUUGUGGAGUCGAUAGUAUCUGGAGGCGAUGAUGACAGCACAGAGAAUGAUGAUGAUGAAGACAACAUUGAUGACGAAGAUGAUUCAAAAGAAACAAAAGCAGUUACAGAAGAAGCUACUAGUACUCAACCCAAGGAUAGAGACGAAGAAGAUGAUGACGAAGAAGAUGAGAGCGAAGAAAACGAAGCCAUCGAUGAAGAACAGGAUGCAGAUAGCAAACAACCCCAAAACCCGAAUUAUGGAUUCAAUUGGAAAAAUUUCACUAGACUAUUUAGGAUACUGUAGAAAAAUUUGAACUCCGGAAUGAAAGUUCAAAAUUGUUUUAAACAAAAAUCACAAAGAACAUGAAAAGGGUCUGACUUGUAAAUCUGUUCGAUAUAUUACUAACGUUCUAUUUAUUUAAUUUAUUGUUAUUUAUGAUAGGUUUUACUAGUAAUAAGCAAAACAAUUAAAUGAACGAAUUAAA